GUGUUUGUGUGUUCUGCAGUGUGGGAUCCCCAUAAGAAAGAUCACAUAUAUCGACUGGAAAAGGUUCACAACUGUGCACUAAGUAAGACUCAUUUUCUCGCGCUGUGGUAGGCAAGUAUGUAAAAGUGAUAUCAGGAACUUUGCCAACUUGUAAAUCUUAUCCGAAAGCAGCAAGAUUUCUAUUUUUUUUUAUACUCUACCACAAUUUGCUAAAAUUUGAGAAAGCAAAAUAAUGCAAACCAAGUAAUUCACGUUUUAGCAGGAUAAGUCACAGCAUUGCAGUAUUGACAUAAAAUUUUGGGGCAUAAUACUUCCUUAAACAUCUACUUUAGCUUCCCGACUCUGUUUCUAUUUGUUUUGUCUCCGUUAGAAACACCGAAGUUUAUCCUGGCGACCCCUGUAUUUUGAAUCCUGGUUUACUACAGCAGUUGCGCAGUAACGGCGUUUCACUGAUCCUGUCAUUUAUGACUUCUGCUCCGAGCUGGUGUUGCUCCCUGACUACUGCGAUCCAGCAGACCUGAAAGAACAGUUUCGUCGUGAGAUGGGUACUCGACGAAAGUUAGCGGCUGCUUCGACGUCCAAGUCGACAACGUUGACGACUGACGACGACUUCUACUCCAUGCCAUACGAGACGCCCCCCACAACCAAAGAUAGCAAAGCUAAAGGCACACCAUCCUCUCCGAGUCACGCUAGUGUUUCGUCCAGCGACGGCCAACAGCGAAAGGGAACUCCCCAGCCGCCACCGCAUUCAUCCUCCCACGCCCAGGGGGCUGACAGGCAGACACGACACACGGAUGAAGCACCAUCAGAGCCAUGUCCGGAGGAGCCAGGAACGGACGAACAGUGCACGGGGGACGCACCUGCUCCUCGAGGUGCAAGACGUCCUCCCCUAGAGGGCCAAGCCGACGAGAUGGCUCGACAAAGGCACAUCUAUGAAACAGCGUUCGAUUCCCGCAUCAAGCAAAGGGACGACGGCAUUCUGGGCACCCCUCAUGGGCUCCGCGCUGGACCCUUGCACCCAGCACCCUCUUCCAGUCAGCAACAGGGGCACCGAAAGACGCAAGAUGUUGGCCCUAGGCCACCCCCUCAUCAAGGCAGUGGAGGGUCGUCUGUACCGACCCCAGCGCCCCGCGGAAGCAGCGGGAAUAACGCUCCUGUGCCAGCGACACGGGCCAGUGGGGCCGCUGCCAGACAAGCAGAGAAGGCCAUUUACCAAAACCAGCCCCUGCCACCACCCCAGUCCCCACUCACAGAAAACCCAUCUUUCGCUGUCAAGAGGCCCAUCCAUGCUGGUGUCAAGGUACUUCCAUCAGAGCCAUUGCGUCGAAGCCGCCAUGGUCAUAGGAAGGACAGUGAAGGGUCGUCUGGGGAACGUCCACCCGUCCUGGUGAACGGGUUCAAGGCGACAUCGUCUGACAACGUGUCUACAUCGUCCUCGGACAACAGCCCGCGGAAACCCGAGGAGAAGCGAGGUCGUCAUGCCCCGCCUCCCCACAGCGGGCCCUUGCAGAACGGAGCCCUUUUUAGAGCCUCACCAUCGGCUGACAGCCUCUCGACGUCCUCUGCAGACAGCCCUCGGAAGCCAGAAGAGAAAAGAGGGCGGCUCGUAGCCGUCGCACCUCCAACUGUUCUCAAUGGGGUUGGUUUUAAGCCACUUGUAGUUUCUGCGACGGACAGCGAUGUUUCGGAUAGCCCUCGAAGACUAGAGGAAAAGCAUGUGCUACACAUUCAAAGUCCACACUCAGACACGCGUCCAGAAGGGGACUACGAUCACCCUUGGGAUCUGCCUCGGCUCAAGAAAGGAGAAAGUCCACCUCAGGUUCCUGACCAUCGCACAAAGGUGCAAACACCUCCAGCCGCAUCCCAUGCUCAGCAACUAGUGUCACCCGAACCUGUGGUUGGUUUGGCCCUCUCUACGCCGUCCUCGGUCGUCCAACUUCCAGCCAGUCCUUCAGUCGCAACAACAUCCUCUUCUUCUUCAAACACUUCACUGGCAGCAGAGGCGUCACCUCAGUCCAGACCCUCGGGACCUGCAAGACCCUUGCUCAACUUGAAUCUCAACCUAAAUGCAUCUAAUUCUCCAAAACGCUCGCGGCACAACUUGACCCUUAACUUUGGUUGCGCCGCGCUCAGCGUCAUUGGUGAAAAAGUGGACCCCAGUGUUCCUCUUGAAAAACAAGGGUGGUACCACGGAUCGAUUAGUCGUCUAGACGCAGAGAACCUACUGAGGGUUCUGAAAGAAGGCAGUUACCUUGUCCGUAACAGCGAAAGUUCCAAGCAUGAUUACUCUCUCUCCCUGAAGAGCGCACGUGGCUUUAUGCACAUGAAGAUAGUGCAUAACAACGACGGGAAAUUUAUUCUGGGCCAGUUCAGCAAGCCGUUUGAGAGCAUCCCUGAGAUGAUCCACCAUUACUCGGUCAAUAAGUUGCCCAUCAAGGGCGCUGAGCACAUGUCCCUCCUCUACCCAGUUAUAGACCAGCUACUCUGAGGUGGUUCUUUUGUUCUAACUCUCCGAAGUUAGUUAUCAUUUCAAAGACAGAAGAGAAAGAAGUCCAGCAUUGUUUUCAAGCCACAGGUUGUGUGUGCAAGUUUUGGGCUACCUCUUCUUGCUGAGAUGUUUCCUCUUGUGUUCGUUAAGAGAAGUAACAGCAUUCUUGUGUACAUAUGAAAUGCUUUGUUGCUAUACAAUGGAAAUACUCUGGUCACUGAAUCUCGGCAGAACUAGCCCUGGAAUAAGUGAAAGUCAUGACUCAAAGUGAAAUUGUGAUUUAUUUCUUACAUUUUACGACUUAUAUAUAGUAAAUAUGGUGGGGAAACAAGUGUAGGAGUUUGCAAAAAAUACUUGCCAGGAUACGUGAAUAUGUGUGUAUUUUUAUGGCAGACUUCAUGCAAGCUUCACAGCCUGAUGUACUUAACUUUUUUUGAGGAGGAAAAGUGUAUGGCAGUCUAGUCUUCUGAUACACUGCUAAUGCCACAACAUCACAGUAGAUUGAAGAAAUUACUAUAAUGAGCAGUGCAUGUAUGCUUUUCCUAAUUUCAUGCAUAGGUUAAAGCACAAGACUGUUGCAAACUCUCUACUAUUUCAUACACACGCCUUUUUGUGCCAACUUUUACAUAUUGAAACUAAGUGGCAAAUAAUUUCGUUUCCUCCACUGGCAUAAUAGGUUUGACAAACAGCGAGGACUAUUAUUAGCAGUGUUCAGGCAGUGGGCAGUAUGAAAUAUUCUUGGUUUUAAGAGGGUCUGGAGGUGCGGCAGUCUAAUUUUCAUAUUUAUUAAUCACAUUCCCUUUUUAAGUGUCUUUCUUUCGUUUGUCACUGCAUCAUGCUGCUUCGACCGUUUCAUUUGUUCUGAACAUGGCCCUUCAUAACACUACUUUGCAAAUUGUUCAGCUUUCCCACCUGCAAGCUUAGCCUAGCAUGAUGGUUAAUUCACAUAGCUUUUGUUCUCAGAAUCCAAAUACUAAAUAUAAAAAAGCAGAAAGCACAGUGAUGUUGUUUAUGUUUUAGUUAAUCACACUCACUGUUUUACAACGUAAGUUGCGUUUGUAGUUGUGGCGCUAACGUGUCUUGCUCGCGUUUCUUCAGUAGAAGCCUGACAUAUUCACAGAGUUUUGUUUUUCCAGUGAAUUCCCUGCUACAGGAUGACCGUGGGCUCCCCAAAAUUUCAUACCCAUUUCGUGCAGCAUGAUACACGUGGGCACGAGAUCCCCCCAACUAUGCUCUUGAAAGCCUUGCCGAACAAGCUUUUGCUCCCCUGCUUACGUUGGCAUGCAGCUGCUUCACAGUUGUCUCCUCUUGUGGCUCUCCUCAGUUGCGAGAUAGAGCAAAAAGGUAUGGAAGUUGAGGGAUAAAAACCAUGCAUAUCAUCUCAGGUCAAAGAAGCAUACCUGUGACAUGUACUAGGAGCACAUCUGAUUUUUUUUUUCUCCUCAGGAUGUUGUUGCCAUCAUCUAACUGUACCUCUUGAGUACAAUAACUUCAGUCUGCUGCAAAUUUCACAACACUCUAUAGAUAGAGCCUUGCAUUUUAGGGUUAAACCUAAUAAAACCAGUUUUGAGACCUUUAAAUUAGAUUUUUAUCAAUUUGGGUAAAAUCCGUAAAGCCUCCCCAAAAACUGAGCUUGUCAAAAUGCAAAGUCGUCAACCCGUACAGGCACUGCAGUAAAUGCUUCACUUUCUGCACUGCCGCUUGGGUUGUUGUGUUCAUCUGAAGUGCGUGAAGGACUUUUAUUUUAUUUUCUGUCCAAAACUAACACUUUUUCACCUGGUAUUGCCUGAUUUUAGCCUAUUUUGGAGCUCCUGAAAUCAAACUCGAUUUAUAUAUGCGAUUUUAAAGGUAACAUAAACCCUGAAGACACGAGGGCCUAUCUGUAGAAUGACGGAAUGUGGAAUGAUGUAAUUCCUUAGGAGAUACACACCCGAGUUUUUUCCCGUGUGGAAUAAAACCCAUGGAAAACCAUGUAUGCAAAGUCACGUACACGAAAGAGAAAACGAAAUGGCAGACAACGAUCAUAUAAUUCUGAUGUACAGUGGAUAUUGAAGAUUGGAUUGUGUAUUUCCUACAGUGCAUCUGACACUGGCAGUGAUGAACAUCAUUCUCGAGUGCCACAACAUGCCUAGAAUUUUCCUGCUUACAUAGACGACUGUUCCACAACCACAUAAAUGCGUCAAAAUGUGGUACAACACCGUGUCUCGUGUCAAUUACUGUCACGGCUGCCAACACUUAUUUUGAUAGCUAAGGUUGUUAUUUUGUAACACACAAACCACACAAGUUUUUAGAAGACCUGGUAACACUGAAAUACCAUGUGGACAGAAAAGUGUCACUUCAGGAAGUGCAGAAUAUUAACUUUUAGAAAUGCUGUGCAUCGUGCCACACUUAAGUGAUGUACUCUGUUAGGAAAAUGUUCAGUGUGCUGACACUGAUUGUCUGUUCAUAGCGUGUGUAUGUAAGAUUGUAAAUAUAGGUGCCAAUAGUGUACACGAGAGUGACUGCAGUACUGGAUGUCUAAUAUCUAGUGUAGGUUUUAAAAUUGCAGAGAGUCAACAUCAACUGCUUUCAUUUACAUGUCCCAUUCACCACCACUGUGAUUUCCAGAAUCAACCUUUUUUAUUUCACACUUUGUAUACUUUUAUCAGAGCCCAACAUUUAAGUUCGAGCAACUUCAAUCAAAUUCUUCGGUAUAGUCUUUUGUUGGUGCUGGUUAACUUUUGUUAAAUGAGGGUAAAUGCUUGCAUACCCUCAUACUCUCUCAGAUACUGAAAUAUGAGAGCAAGGAAAGGACACGUUAAAGGCAAUUCCUAAAACACAGCAGUAAAAGGUAAUGAAUCCAAUCUAGAAGGGCUUUUGGAGUGAUCCUUGCUAUGUAAACUUUGAUUAUUUGGGUUUUGAUAAGUUAUCAGGGUAGUACAUUGUAGCAUGUGCUAGAGUUGUGCUACUUCAUGUCCCAAAACCUUAGAUUGGGUAGCAGGCAUAUGGAGUGGAAAAGAAAGACAAGAAAUCAAACAGAAGCGGAAAGGAUUGGAAUGACACUUUGAGUGCUUAUAUUUAAUUAUAUUUUCUGUGAGCUGUACAUAUACUUGUCAAAAUGAUACUUGCCUGCUUUGUUGUAUAGUUGCAUUAAAAAGACAAGAUUACCUGUAGAUAUGUAAUAUUUAUGAAAUAAGCAGUGCACUCUACAAAGGAAGUCCAGUUCGAUGGUGAAAUUGAAUAUCUUAGGUGAGCAUUUUUCUCUUUUAUGUGAUCAGUGCUUUCAGUCUGCCAUUGAUAGUCCUUUUUCGGAAAACGCAAACAGAAAGUAAAACUACUCCUUGAAGUUGUAGCUUUGCUAAGUGGAUUUUGUUCCCUGAGAUUGAUGUGGGGAGCAGGCCAGGAAAGAAAAACGUUUGAUUACUUUGUACAUAGAAACGUGCUACAAAUGUUUUGUUUGACUAUAGAUGGACGCCUGUACUUAAGUGGCUCCAUUGUCACUGCACACAUCAAGUUGCAAUAUGUGUAGUAAACCUUAAAGUUGUACAUAAUAGCAUUCUUUAUACUACCCUUCCAGUUUAUUUGGAAUGAGCACGCUUUUGAGAGCUUUUACCAGCUCCUGUUCUAUUGAGCUUGGAUGAAAUCGUCAAAUUUUUACAAAAAUGUGUGUUGGGCACAGAAAAAAGGUGCUGCAUCAAUACAUAUACUCUACGCCUCCUCUAUUUUUUCAAGACCUGGAUGUUUGCUGCGAACUCUGACCCUUUAUGGUGCGGGACUCACAGCACAAAUGAAACAGCUAUAGUAGACACUACCAACUGAGAGGAGUGCUCUCAUUGGACAUAGAGAGCUUUGACCCGGAAACAUGUCAUGGGAACACCCCUAUGACGUUUGGACAUUUUGGAACUGCCAGGACUUGAAAGAAUAAAGGAGACACUGAUAUACGUUACUGUGACCAUGUGGUAAAACGUGUACGAGGACAUUUGGUAAAUAAAGUCAGUUUGGUAACGUUA